AUGCAAACCAUCCAGAACACCUGGACGCACGCAGAAGUGACCACCAAGAUGCUCUGUGUGGGUAUUUUUGUGGGACUGGUGUUAGAGUCCUUGUCUUUACCUGUGCAGCAUGAAACGUGUGGUUAUCUUACUCCACCAGUGUCCAGAGAUUUUCCUUUAAGAGAGGGUGACAUCCUGAGUUCAGGAUCCCACGGAUCACAUGUCACAUGUUUAGCAGAUUCUUGCCGCUGGCCCAGAUCUGUUGACGGUUUUGUGUAUGUACCAUACAUCAUCUCCCCACUAUAUGAGGAUAUGGAUAGAAUCACCAUAGAAACAGGAAUGUUGGACAUUUCCUCUGCAACGUGUGUGAAGUUUGUGCCUCGCACACAUGAAGCAGACUUCCUUAAUAUCGAGUCUAGAACUGGCUGCUGGUCAUAUCUGGGAAUGAUAGGAGGCAGUCAGGCCUUGUCUUUGCAGUCUCCGGGCUGUAUGUGGUCAGGAGUGGCAGCUCAUGAGCUAAUGCAUGCUCUGGGAUUUGAACACGAACAGUCUCGCUUGGAUCGUGACUACCACAUCUCCAUCCUGUGGGAAAACAUCCUUGAGGAUCAAAGGGACAACUUUAGGAAGUAUGAGACAAACAACCUCAAUACUGCAUAUGACUAUAGUUCUGUCAUGCACUAUGGGAGGUAUGCGUUCUCAGAGGAUGGUGAACCCACCAUCAUCCCUAAACCAGACCCCUACAUUCCCAUGGGCCAGCGAGAUGGACCUAGUAUUACGGAUAUUCACAAAAUAAACAUAUUGUAUAACUGUGGUAGGUAUUAA